AUGAAACAACUACUCCGCAAUCAAUUCCUCCAAGAUCAUCCGAAGAAACCAAAGUCCCGCCCACUUCCUCCGAAUCCGAAACCUUCAACGUCAUCUGAAUCUCACGACACCCUAGAAUUAUCUGAAUCAAUGGACGAUGCUCAAGAAUCCUCCUCAUCUCAAGAUUUCCUGGAUGGAAUUCUGUCAGAAAUGCAAAAAACCGAUAAAAAUCAGGAUGGAAUCAAGGGAAAACCAGAGGAUUCCACUUAUCAAUACGCAAUUUUUCGUAUCGGAGACGCCCGAGUUCUCGUUCGAUCGAAUUCUCCAUACAGUAUGCUUGAAGUGGGAGAAAAGAAGCACUCAUUCCUAGAGAAUCUCAAAAAAGUGACAUUUAAGCCGAGAAUUGAGUACCUUCCAAACGGUGGAGCAAUGGAAUUAGGAGCAGAGAAAUGGAUAUGGAAUUUUACGAAAGCGGUGUUCAAAAUGAGUGAAUCUCAUUUAUUAUAUCGAUCAAGCUAUAAAAUAGAUCAUGUUUUGCAAAUUGAUGGAAUUUCGAUGAGAAUCGAUAAACAGGAACCACCACCGGAUGCUUUGGGAAUGUACGUCCCAUUCCACUCAGUGGGAAUAUACCCGUUCUUGAUAACAGCUAGCUAUAAUAGCUUAAGUCACGUACUGAUAUCGGCACCCCUCGCUCCUUUUCGGCGGUGCUUAAACCAGAGAGCUGGAUACGAUAUCGGCGGUUGUUGUGGAAAAGAAUUCUGCUGCUCUUGCCGAGUCGGAGCGGCUCCACCCUCAGGACCGCCAGGAGCUGAUGGAAGCCCAAGAACUGAUGAAGCUGUUGGAAAUCCAGGAAAAGCCUGCUUCGAUUUCCUACCAGGACUAACUAGACCAACAGAAAACGCUGGACCAUCCCUUGUAUGGAAAAUAUAA